ACCUCCAAAAAGAAAAAAACAAAAAAAAAAAAAUUGAAAAAGGAAAAAAAAAAAAAUUACACACACGGGCACGCUGAAUUGUGUGGCGUAUAGAUGCACAAAUUCUGAUUUGGGCGCAAAUGGCGAUCGCUUCCCCGUCCGCUCCCAAUUUCUGCUGCACCACUCGCUCCGAGUCGACUCAUCGCCGAUUGUGGUCGCAGCAGGUUUCGUCUCGGGCCGGGUCGAAGCGGGUCUCUAUCCGGCCCGGAAUCUCGUCCCGCCUCAACGCCUCUUCGGAUGGGGAGCUGGUGUACGAGCUCAAUUACAACAGCCAGCGGCGGCGGAGGGGCGCGUUCCCGGUGUACGUCACGCUGCCGCCGGACGCGGUGGGCCCCACCGCCCAGACGAUGAGCCGGAAGAGGGCCAUGGCGCAGUCGUUCCGGGCGCUGGCCGCGGCGGGGGUGGAGGGGGUGGUGAUGGAGGUCUGGUGGGGGCUGGUGGAGAGGGAAUUCCCCAGGAGCUACAAUUGGCGAGGCUACUUGGAGAUUGUGGAAAUGGCCAAGCGUUUCGGGCUCAAAGUUCGGGCCGUUAUGGCCUUUCAUCAGUUCGGGUCGGGCUCCGACGACCCAUUCUGGUUGGUACCUAUCUCCAAUUUCAUUCUAUUUUUUGGGGAUUCCGAUAAGCGAAGGAUAAAUCCCUCGAGUAGGCCCGAGGGUUUGGUCGAGCAGAUUGUGCUUGCAGCUAGGAUAUGCGACGUACCGUUAGAGGGGGAGAAUGGUUCGACGAACCUGGACGGCGGCUCGUUCGAGCAGGUGGUGAAGAUGUCCAAGUUCUACUCGGAUGGAUUGGAUAAUCCUUCGUUUUCUUUUAAUUUCGUCAGAAUGGACAGGAAUUUGUUCGAGUCGAGGAAUUGGGCUAGCUUUACGAAAUUUGUGAGGCAGAUUUCGACGAUUAGUAUGUUUGGGGCGGGCUCGGAUUUUAAUGGUGGAGGGAAUAUGAGUUCUUCGUCUCCAUCGGCUACUGCUGCUUUUGCUGGAGCUGUUCUUGCUGCACAUUAG